GUGACACCGAGGCUUGCGCUUUAGCUCCUGCCGCCAAGCAUGCCGCUCCGCGCCGGCCGAAACGUGGCUAGAAACGUGGCGAUCGCUUCCGCGUGCGUUUCUCCACGCGUGUGAGAAACGGGGAAUUUUCCGCGUCGCGAAUAUACAUCCUGCGCGAUAUAUAUGUAUAAUACAUAACGCGACUCUGUGGUACAAGUCGCUUGGUCGCUACGCGAGCAAGGGCAGGGUCGUAAGCGAGCGACGCCAGUACCGUUCGCGACGUCGAGGACAGAAUUUCUCGUCUGCGUGCUCGUGAUGUUUGACUUUCGAUAAGUCACGAUCCGGCCGGUUGAAUCCUUUCUCGAAGAGGCGAAGACAUUACAGGACGUCAACGGACAACGUCGUCGCGUGAUAACGAGACGCGUGAGAGAGCAUCGGAUUACCUUCGAGUGUGAAGGAUUGUCUAGCAGGUGCCGGCGCCACGCGACCCGUGUCAGUAACCCCCGAAUAAAACGGAAGAUUAAGGGGUGGGAAAAACAGGAGAAACGUGCUGACGAAACAUAUACAUACGCGCAUACAUAGAUAAAAGGAGACAAAGAGAGAGAGAGAUAAGGAAAGAAGGAGAAAGAAAAAGCGCAAGAGAUUAAAACGGGUGAGAAAGAGGAAAGGCUGAAGGGUGGAACAGACAAGGAAAGAAAUAAAAAAAGAAGAAUGAUGACAAGAUAAAAAAAAGCCAAAGGGGUGCGAAGAAAAUUUAUAUCUUUAGUCAGCCUCCUGAAAAAGAAGAACGCAACUACGGUAUAUCGCCAUUAUUGAGAUUAAUUGCUCUAUUAAGAAAAGUGGUAAUUUGAUACGAUUUUUAUUUCACGCAAUAUGUUAACGAGGGAACUGCAAUAAUACGGGUGCCUCUCAACAACGUGAUUUAGUCAGAUAUAAGGAAAGCUUAGAAAAGAACAGACGAGGAGAAACAUGGGGUGCAACACUAGCAAGGAGAGCGUUCAGCCGGCGGUGGAAGAGGGAAAAGAAGGCGAUUCGGUCAAGAACGGGGAUAUUUCAAAGGCGACGGAAGACACUGCAACGAAAACCGAGUCCUCGGACAAGGAGAAAGAAAACGACGCAGAGGGAGAAAAAGAGAAGGAGGCGGCAGCAGCCACGAAAAUACAAGCAGCUUUCCGUGGACACCACGCUAGGAAAAGUUUAAGAGUAUCGGAAACAGCGUCGGAGCGGACGAGGACCGACGAAGCACCUUCGGAACCUGAAAAGGAACCUACGAAGGAACAGCUGGAGGAGGAAUUCUCUCCCGACGACAAGGAGCUCUGUCACGCGGCGAAGAAGAUACAAGCGACUUUCCGGGGCCACAUGUCGAGAAAGGAGCAGGCUACAGCUGCCGCCAAAUCGGCGAUAAACAUGGUCGAGAGCGCGACCGCCAAGAUAGAAGAAAAGAUGCAUGACGCGGUACAGGAAUUAGAGGGGAUCGACUUGGCCGAUCCGGACUUGCACAAGGCAGCGACUAAGAUCCAAGCGAGUUUCCGCGGUCACAAGGUCCGCCAGGAGGUCAACAUUCAUACUACUGCCGACGAAACUCAAAAAUAAGACGCUUACUCGCAGAGGGAUGCCGGGAGAUAGAUUACUACUUAUUACAGCCAGUGCCAUUCUUAAUAGAUUGAACGCCAUCCCCUAUUUCUUAUACUUAUACCUCAUAAUGUAGCAUUCGUGAAUUAUAGUAAGUUAUGCGCGUAAAUAUACGAAGCAUUCCAGAAAAGAUGAACAACGGAUAGUCGAACAAUUUUGAUUAUAUUAGUUCACUUCGGACCACAAAUUGUAAACAACGAUACCGUUUAUCUUACGUUAACAAUUAAUCCAGCCUUCUCGCCCGGGACCAGUGUGAUUUAAGCGCUUUCUACUUUGACUAGAAUGAGGAUUUUAAUGAGAUAUAUACACAGGUUGAAACACUCGAAUGGGGGAACAUCUAGAUAUCUCUAUCGUUUAUGGAUAUAUAAAAAAAGUUGGUCUGGAAAAAAGUUGCAUUGUGUAAAGAGAGAGUAUAAUGGUAAAUAAAAAUAAAAAAAAAUUGUUCCUUGAGCCGAUUGCUAUAAAUCGAUUUUGAAUACAUCUCACAGACAACAUUCACUCUACAUUAUUAUUCUUGAACUAUUCUUAUACUAUCGAUUUAUACUUACAUUUUUUAUGAGUUAUAUCUGUCACAUAUAUGAACAAAGUGCCAGACAGAUAUUUUAAAACACUUUUCUAAGUAUGGUAAUAUAAUAUACAUUGGAUAAAACACCAUAAUUGAGGAAAAGAGUAAAAGGAUGUAUAAAGAAAGAAGAAAGGACAGAUAGUUCCUUAGACGACAUAUAAUAUUCGAUAUAAAUUGUGAUUUACAAGAACAGAGCGACAAAUACGCAAAAUCCUCAUAUCUGGUAGGUAUAUUAAAUGGAACUCGAUAAAAAAAAAAAGCGAUAGAGUAUAACUUUGACGUCCUGCGCACGACAAACGGGGCAUACAUUAAGAUGCACCAAUAUCAAUAUGCAUGUUAACUUUUAUAAGUUCCUGUAUUUAUGUAAAAUAAACGGUAUGGUUGUAGUGUU